GUAUUUAACCAAAUAAACACGCCAAAUACAAACAAACGUACAUACAUACAUCAGCAGACAAGUUCUGGCUUUGUUCACGAUUUGCUCACUCUCGUCGUCGCAGUCGCAGUCGCAGUCAUCGUUGUCGUUUUCGCUCGUAUGUGUAUGGAAUUUUGCAGCAUUCGUUAGUAUUUGUUGCGCCGUGGGACGACAACGACGUCUCCACUUCUUCCUCAAAGAAAAGCAACACAGCCGAACGAAACGCUAGCAAUAACCUUGGACAUAUGAAUAUUGUGACGGGGUGCAAAGGGAGCAACAACAAUUGAGCGUGUCCAUUAGAAGUGAAGCUAGAGAGCUGGAGCUGUGCGAGCCGAAGCAAACAUCUGGCGAGAUAAGGGCGCCAACAGCAACACCAUUUACUCUAUUUAUUUAUUGGCUCAGUGUGUGUGUGUGUGUGCUGUGCACAGAUUGGCAAUACGCCUAAAAUAGGAAAAUCGUCGUCGCAUCAAGAUGAUUCAUGUGGGUGAGAACACCUGGAAUCUGCGGAUACUGAUCACAGAUCUGCAAGUGGAGAAGACACUUCGUGUUCGUGGCGAUCAGCAUAUUGGUGGCGUCAUGUUGCAGCUGGUCGAUCCGGAGAUGCCCAAGGAUUGGUCCGAUCAUGCACUGUGGUGGCCAGCGAAAAAUGUGUGGUUAACGCGCACGCGCUCCACCCUCGACCAGGCAGGCGUCCAAUCGGAUUCGUUUCUGUACUUCACGCCCAUGCACAAAACGUUGCGGGUGCAGAUGCCCGAUUUGCGUCUACUGGACUACCGUGUCAAUUUCUCGAUUAAAACGUUUGGCGCUGUGGUCAAUCUGUGUAAAGAUGCGGACAUACGCUAUCCGGAGGAGCUGUCGCUGUGCAAACCGGUCGAACAGGAGCAUCUCAAGAAGAACUUCUCCAAGCUGCCGCAGAAGAUGAUACCCGUUGCCGAGGCGAAUGGCACCGCAUAUCUUCAGCCGGCGCCGGACACAAAUUCGUUUGUGCCCAUGACAAAUGCCUACAAUGGCAGCAACGGCAGCCUGGACAGAUCCCAUGGCAAUGGCAAUCUGUUGUGCGCCCCAGCAUCACCAUACGCAACGACACCGCGGCGUCCAGCGACAGCGCCUGGCACACCCAUCAGUUCACCAACGGGCACAUGGCGUCAAAAUACAAGCCAAAAUGGAUAUGGCGCCGCCUACGAUUCGGGUUCCAGUUUUGGUGAUCUGCAGGAGAAUCUGGCCGUUUCGGCGCGCUCGCCCAGUCCCGAUGUACGUGCUCGGCUCGUGCGGCCCAAGACGCUGGUGCAGAAGGCGCGCCUCAAUGUCGGCUGGCUGGACUCGUCGCUGUCCAUCAUGGAGCAGGGUGUGCGCGAAUUUGAUACGCUCUGUUUGCGCUUCAAAUACUACACGUUCUUCGAUCUGAAUCCCAAGUACGAUCAGGUGCGCAUCAAUCAGCUGUACGAGCAGGCCAAGUGGUCCAUACUCAACGAGGAGCUGGACUGCACCGAGGAGGAGACCCUGAUGUUUGCCGCCCUCCAGUUUCAAGUCAAUCAUCAGACGGACAUAAAUCCACUUGGCAUCGAUUCGCCCAAUAAUACGUCCGGUCAAAGUAAUGGCGGCGGUGGAGACGAUGACAUCGAUUCGGCACUCAAUGAGCUCCAGAUCACGCUGGAGGGCCCAAAUUCUGGAGGGGAUGCCGGCAACAUUACACGCAUACCGGAGCUAUCCGAUUACUUGCGCUUCCUGAAGCCACAGCUGUUCACACUGAAGGGUUACAAGCGUUACUUCUUCACAUAUCGUGAUUUGCAUCUGCAUCUGUACAAAUCGCAGGAGGACUCGCGACGCGGUGCGCCCACCAUCAGCAUCAAUCUGCGCGGCUGCGAGGUCACACCCGAUGUGCAAUUGGCCCAGGGCAAGUUUGCCAUACGACUGGAGGUGCCGCCCGAGGGACGCAACGGACCGAACAGCGAGUUCUGGGUGCGUUGCGAGAACGACGAGCAAUAUGCCAAAUGGAUGGCCGCCUGCCGACUGGCCGCCAAGGGACGCUCCCUGGCCGACAGCAGUUACGAGAGCGAGGUGAGCAGCAUACGCUCCCUGCUCCAAAUGCAGAAGCCCCAGGCUCGAGCAGCACCCCUGAAUAUCAAUCCGCGCAGCGUGGACGCCAACGAUUAUCUGUCACCCAAAAUGCUGCGCAAGUUGUCCAGCAAAGCGGUGCAGCGGAUACUGGAGGCGCAUGCCAAUGUCCGUCAGCUGCAGCUAAUGGACGCCAAGUUGAAGUAUAUCCAGGCCUGGCAAUCGCUGCCGGACUUUGGUGUCACGCUCUUCGUCAUUAAGUUCGAUGGCCACAAGAAGGAGGAGUUGUUGGGUGUGGCACACAAUCGCAUCAUGCGCAUGGAUCUGAAUACCGGUGAUCACCUGAAGACCUGGCGCUACAACAAUAUGAAGGCCUGGAACGUUAAUUGGGGCAUCAAGUGCAUGAUGAUUCAGUUCCACGAUGAGAACGUCGUCUUCUCUUGCCUAUCCGCCGACUGUAAGGUGGUCCAUGAGUUUAUCGGUGGCUACAUCUUCAUGUCGAUGCGCUCCAAAGAAAACAACCAGACGCUCAACGAGGAAAUGUUCCACAAAUUGACGGGCGGCUGGUCAUAAAUCCAGAUGCAGAUGCAGUUGAUGAUGAGGAUGUGUCCUUAUCGUCGUCCACCUCUUUCAAUCUUAACAAGUGCCAAGCACAAAAUGUCGCAUGUUUUAUAAAACGUAUAUGAAAUAAUUAAUUUUUCUGUGUGUGUGCCUGUGUGGGUGUGUGUGUGUGUAUGCGUAUGUAAAUGUUAUGAGCAUUGGAUAGCCACCUUGGGAUAUUCUAUUGCCGAUCGUUAAUAUCUAGACUAAUAUAUGUAAUGCCUGUAAUACCCUGUAAUACAUAACGAAAACCCAAAUUGUGCCUUCAAACGAAACAGUUGUCAUUUUACAGUCAAAACUAAUAAUGUAACAAAAGUUUGUGUGUUAAUCGUGUCAAUGUGCCUUCGUCGUUAUCAGUGUGUUUAAUAGUCGAUAUUUGAAAUUGGGUAGCAAAAUAAUAACUUGUCGAACAGCUAAUCAGCAUUUUUGUACCACAAACAUUUUUUUUAUAUUAUGAUUAAACCGGAAUCGAGUGGCCUUUCAAAAAGAAUGCUUUGCAAAACUAACCAGAAAUUUGAUAUAUAUAUAUUGUAUAUUUAUUAAACAAAUUAAUAAGUCAAUAAAUUAUUUUUAUGUUUUUAAUGAUUGUAAAACAGAAUUAAAAAAAAGAAUAAUAAAUAAGAAAGGAAUGUUUUACUUUCUGUCGUCAAGCAAA